AUGGCAGAUUCAGAGAACCAGCCGGCUGUCCCGUCAGAGCAGCUGGGCGACAUCCCCGCGACGCCCGAUGACGCAACGGCCGUCAUCGUUGAUCCGGUGGCCGUCGUCAACGGGGACGGCAAGGUUGACGAGCACGACGACGCUGAUGUGCCCCAGCUCGAGACUGGCGACGACGGCAACGACGAAGAUGCUACCAAUGAAGAAGCCGUCGCCGAAACCGGGGACCAAGACGCCCACACGCCGACAACACCACUGCGGCCUCUUGCACAGCUGCAGGAAGGAUCCGAGCUCGGCUCCGCGGACGCCGCCGACUCGGUAGACCUCACACCAAGGCGGAUGCGCAGCCCGGUUGACUCGCUUACCUCUGCGCAGGGCAUCUCGCCUUCUGUACAGGGCUCCCGGAUAUCCUCUCCUAGCAGCAGCGUGCUCCCCUCGGUCGCCUCCCGCGCAUACCUCGGCAGCCCGACACCUUCCUUUCGCCCCUUCGACCGCCGCUUCUCCUCACGCAUCGCGUCCCCAGGCACACACAGCCCGCGCUCCCCGUCGCCUGCCUUCAUCGGCGGCCACUCCCGAAACGUCUCCCUCAGCUCCAACUUUCAAGUCGACGCUGGUGGUGGCCCGGACACCGAGACGACGACACCGCCCUGGGAGGUGGUCCGCUGGACGCGUCUACAGAAGCUCAACGGUCAAGCCUUUUCCGAGUCGGGCCGCCGCACCUUUGGCUCGCCGACGUGCCUCGCCGUCUCGGCGUCCAUCGUGCUCGGUACCUCCAAGGGCAUCAUCCUGGUCUUCGACUACGGUCAGAACCUGAAGCUCAUCAUUGGUCCGGGCACAAAGGCCGUCGAGUCGGGCGCUAUCACAGCCAUCGCUGUCUCCGCCGACCACACCACCAUCGCUGGUGGCCACGCCAACGGCAGCAUCUUUACCUGGGACACGUCGCGACCCUCGCGUCCAUUCCUCAGCAUACCGCACCUGGAGCGCGGCGAUGCGCCGCACCGCACCGCGGACGGCCACGUCGCCAACGUGUCUGUGAUUCACCUAGGCUUCCUGGGCACGCGACAUACGGCCCUCGUCUCGGCUGACGACCGCGGCAUGGCCUUCUCGCAUCUCGCGACCCGCGGCACGGGCGCGCUCGGCCGGACCGUCAAGACGACAAGGAUCCUCGGCCGCUACCCCGACGCCCCGAAGCCAGCCGGCAAGCCAGUAAAGCCGAGCACCGUGCUCGCGUUGGCCUCGCUGCCUCUAGGCAACGUCGAGUGCGCCACGGACAUCCUGGGGCUGACGGCUAUGCUCACGCCGUAUCUACUUGUCAUAGUGUCCACCACGCCGGUCGCGCAAACCCAACACAAGUCGGCCCGACCAAAGGACGUCCCGGCCCACAGCACAAUGACUGGAUGUCUGGCUUGGUUCCCCGCUGUCAGGCUAAAGACGCCGGAUCCCGUCAGCGGGAGCGACAUAUCGAAAGUGAAGCUGGCGUAUUGCUGGUCUAACGUCCUAACGGUCCUCGACGUCAUCGAGGUGCCCAGCGAAGACGAGGACCAGCCGCCGAGCCUGCGCUUCAAGGCGCGCAGCAGAUGGAAGUGCGAGGAGGCCAUUGUUGCAGUGCAGUGGCUCAGCCGCUCCGUCAUCACGGUGCUCACCGUCUCGCAGCGCCUGAUCGUGCUCGAAGACAGGACCAUGCGCAUGGCCGAGGCCUUUGACCUGAUGCAGCGCUACAUGUACCACAAAGACCUCUACUCGAAGCAGCUGCACAGCCUGGUCGAGAACCUGGACGAGGAGGACCCUUCGAUGCACGGGGUGGUGGCGGACGCCUUCUACAUGAGCUUCAAGGCCUACAAAGGCAGGAUAUUCAUCCUCGGAUUUAACGAGGUCUCCUUGGGCGCUCUUUCGAACUGGGCCGACCGGUUGAUAGCCAUGAUGGAGCACGGCGACUACAUUGGGGCCAUCCAGCUUGCCACGUCCUACUACACGGGCGACGCGGACAAGCUGACAGUCGGGCUACCAGAGGAUCAAACGCAACGGCAUAGCAUGGUCAAGGAUAAGGUUUUGGAAAUCAUCAGCGCGUCGCUCAAGUACGCGUUUUCCCAGCGGCAAAGAGAUAAGAGCGCCGCGGAUGAUGCGCAUCUGAAGCAGCUCGCCCAGACUUGCUUUGUGGCGUGUCUCAACAUUGGCAACGAUGACUUUUUGCUCGACGACAUGUUUGAGUGGUACGAAGAGGCCGACGUAGCAGGAAUAUUCCUUGAAGUCCUCGAGCCGUAUAUCCUUGAUAGGUCCAUCGUCUUUAUCCCUCCUGUAGUGGUCAAGGCCAUGGUUAACCACUAUGCCGCGCAAGGCUGGGAGAGCAGACUGGAAGAGAUGAUUUGCCACAUGGAGACGGCGACGCUCGAUCUCGACCAGAUCACACUCCUGUGCAAGCAGCACAGUCUCUACGACGCCCUCACCUAUGUCUGGAACCAGGCGAUCCGCGAUUAUAUAACCCCCAUGAUUGAGCUUCUGAGUCUGCUCGUGCCGAUCAUGGCCAACGGCAGCUAUGACAGCGAUGCCGUCGGUGAGGACUACUUCAGCAUCAACGCUGUCAAGAUAUUCCCAUACCUUUCUUACACGCUCACGAGCCGGAUAUACCCAAAUGGCGAGCCGAUGAAUGAGGAUACGGCGAGUCAAGCCAAGGCUGAGAUUUACUGGUUCUUCUUCUCUGGACAUACGAUAACCUGGCCCAAAGGAAGCGGCAAGGUGUUCCUCACACGGCCUGGGAUGGACUACGAGCCUUCCUUCCCGUACUUGAGGCUUAUCCUGCGCUACGAUGCGCCGAGCUUCCUGAGCGCGCUCAACGAGGCGUUUGAGGACCCCUUUCUCAACGACUCUCCAGAUAAAAAGACAAAUGGAGGCUCAGCGGUAGACAUACCGGAAGAGCAAAUCUUUGGGCAGACGAUCAACCGCCAAUACAUUCUGUCUAUUCUCUUGGACGUCAUGAACCCCGAUGAUUUCGCCGCGACCGACACCAUAUAUCUAGACAUGUUUAUCGCGAGAAAUCUACCUAAGUUCCCGCAGUACCUGCUCUUCUCCGGAUCGACGCUGUCCAAGGUGCUCGAGGGGCUCUGCAACUACCCCGGCGAGGACUUGGCAGAUGAUGCGCAGUUGAGUGCUGAAUACCUGCUUUCCGUCUACCAUCCGACCGACAUGACGGCCCUGCUGCCGCAGUUCAAAAAAGCUGGAUUCUAUCGUAUAUUGAAGCGCAUUUUCAAGGUUGACAAGCAGUUUGGUACGUUGAUCCGCACAUACUUUGAGGACCCAGCGGACCAGGACCAAGUCUUUGAGUGCCUCGCCAGCUGCCUGCGCCCUUCGACAAAACUGGGCUUCCAGCAGCGUACCAGCAUCCAUGAAGCCAUCACCGAUCACGCACGGGACUUACUGGACCUCAGCCCCGAGAAGUCUGCUGUGGUGCUCGCCGGAGAGACGAGUGAAACGCAAAAGCAAAUUUUGGAAAGCGCAUCAGAUGCACCAGAUCUCCAGUUUGCAUAUCUCAAGACUUUGCUGGACUCGGAGCGUGAAAAGCUGCCAGAGGAGAUGCCGCCAGACCGGCAUCUCAUUGAGCAGUAUGUGCGUCUCAUGUGUACGUUUGAGCCAUCACACGUGUCAGAUUACAUCAACCGUGUCCAGGCAGGGGAUCUUCGGCUUGACCAAGUGCUGCCUACCAUGGAGGAGACUGGUGUCGUGGAUGCUGCCGUGACAAUUCUUACUCGUGACGGACUGGUGGAAAAGGCCAUGCAGCGCCUGGUCGCGCACUUUGACACGCUCGAGUCGGCGCUUCAGGGCGUGCUGUCCGGUGCAGCGGACUGGCAAGAAGACACGGUCGAUCUGCAGGCUUCUAUUGAGGAGCUGCUUCAGGGCUUGCAAAAGUACAUGUACGUUGGUAUUUGGCUUUGCCAAGGACAGCAGAGGCCGGCCAAGCGGGCCACGCACGUUCAGAAGCGAGCAAAAGACGCCCAGGCAGCGCUCACCACGGACGAGUCCCUGUGGUUGCAACUGAUCGAGGCAGCAGUCAAGCUGACGAAGCAAAUAUCAUCGCAAAUCCAAAAGGCCGUAGUCGAAGCAGACUUGGAUGGCGAACGACUGCUGACGCUACUGAGAUCGCUGGUGCAGCAUACCUUUACCGCUUUCCUGGCGUCGACGUCCGGCCAGAACCCGGGCCAGUCGGCGUCUAAGCUGCUAGCGGCCGGGGGCACCAAUAUCUCCUUCUUGAGAGUCCUCCGUGCGUUCCUGGCCAACGCGGCGGCUUCAUCCCCGAACCUGGCCGAUUUGCGAGGCGUCCUUGCGUCCAUCUUUUCCGCCUACGCGUACGAGGAGUCUAUCCUGCGACUCUCCAACCGGCUGCUGGAUAGAAGCCUGUUCGUCAACGUCAGCCAGUCGGUGGAGCUGCGCCAGCGCGGAUGGCGGCCGCGCGGAUCGACGUGCGAGCACUGCGGCCGCCGCGUCUGGGGCCCGGGCGUCGCGGGCGGUGCCGUCUUUGAGGCGUGGGAGACGAGGCAGGCCGCGGAGGACGCCAGACGGCUGGAGGAAAAGAAGGAGAGGAAGAAGACGCGAGCAGGAGGCGAGUCGAGCGCGGAAACGGACGGGAAGGGCAAAGGUAAGAGCCUGGACACGCGGCCGGUAAGCCUGUUGGUCGAGGACAAGGAGCAGGCGGCGGCGGCGGUCGCUGGCGGGACGACGACGGCCAAGGACGCUCCGCUCGGCCCGCUGGUGGUCCUCGCGUGUCGACAUGUAUACCACCAGAGCUGUCUGGACGCGGUGCAGGAUAAGCAGGAGAACGGCACGGGACCUGCGCGGGACAGGGAGUACCGAUGUCCGAUUGAUGGAUAA